CGCACACGAAGCUAUCAACUCGGGCUGCUAACCAUGUUCGACAUGAAAAAAUUUGGUGUUUACUUGUUAUCCAUUGAAUUACGGUAUUAUUAAAGUAUAAUUUAUUUGCUCCCCGUAAAGAAAACGGUACGCAAAACAGCGCAAAAAUGGACAACGAUCGCUUGUUUCUACCGGACGAGGUGGUGGACAUGGACCCGAACAUGACAAAUCGGUUACAGCAACAUACCGUAGUAUUAGACGAAAGUGCAGCACCACAGCCAAGCACAUCCUACUCCCGAGUGUCUCCUCCGAAAGCGAUCAUCGAUAGCAGUCCACUGCAAAGCGCCAUGGACAAGAACAAAGAAUCACUAAAAGUGAAGCUGUUGGUACGGCGUUCCUUCGACCAGCUCGUGCAGCAAGGAAUAAUGCCUCCACUGAAAACAUCCCCGGCAAUAUACGAACAGCGCAGGCAGCUGGAACGGGCCAAAACCGGAGAUAUGCUGAAAGCGAAGAUAAAGAAGCGUCCCGAUCGUGUGGAACUCGAGCAGCGUCAUAUUCUUGAGCAGUGUGACAGCCACGUCGAUCCGAGUCUGGCAGAAAAGCGACGAAUGCUCGAGAAAGCGAUACUGGUGGAUCAUCUCAACUCGAAGAUAUCGCACCGUCCGGGACCGCUCGAUCUGAUCGGCAAGAAUAUCCUGCACGUGGAGGAACCGAUCGAGCGGAUGGUAAAGGAAGGGCUGGUGGAUUAUGCUUCGAUGCUGGACGAAUCGAACGUGUCCGUGGCAACGACACCGAGCAUGGCAGGCGAGGGGGAAGAUUCCCUCAGUUCCGAGGGUGAAUCGUUGCACAGUGUGGCGGUUGCAUUGGUAAGCCAGCCGGGAGCAGUUAGUGCCACACUGUUACAGCAUCAAAUACAGCUACAACCGUUGCAAACUCCAACACAAUCACCUCAAACAGUACUAACAGCAGCAGCGCCAGUAGUACAGCCUGAAUUUUUCACCCUAAAGCCAACGAUUCCUAUCGUGGUGAAUGAUGGGACGGUGCUGGCUGCGAUCGCGACUCCCGUCGUGACGACUAUUGCUACCGUCCCGAUGGAGCAGGGCAAUAAAGAUAAUAGUAGUCCCAUCUCAGCAAGUAACAGUACCAGCACACCAGCCACCACCAACCCGCUUCGUCCAAUACUGCCAACGCCAAGUGCCAACCUUACCAUGACAACACUACCGACGGAUAUGAAGCUCCUCGGUAGCAACAGCACCAACUUCAUCUCCGGCAAAGAUAAGCUGGUGAAGAAAAAAGGCAAAUCGAAGAGUAUCACCAAGGCAAAGUCGAUCAAGUUUCACGAGUAUAAGGGUCCACCCAAUGCUCACAGAGGUUCCUCGUCCUCAUCUUCAUUGGCGGGGCACGGUGUAGGUGGUGGUGGAACCGGUUCCGGAGGUGGUUCAGACAACAACUAUCAGCUGAUCAUGCAACAGCAGUACUUGCUGGAAUAUCUCGAAGAGAUGUGCAAAAAACCGACCGGCGUUUCUUCGCCCUCCAGCCGAGAACCGCAGAUCGAUGGGGAAGAAAUUGCUGGCAGUGAUCAUACCCCGAUCGAUUCCCCGCUCAGUGCGGGUGGAUCAUCCCGGAACAAAAACACCAUCACCGGAGGAAACAGUAGUAGCAGCGGCGGCACCACACUACCCUCUACACCGGCCACCGGGAUGGAUCUUGCAGUCGAAACGUUAAACAAGCUAAAAGUGUCCCAGCUGAAGAAGUACUGCAAGCAGUACAAUCUGGCUGUAUCCGGCACAAAGUCGAACCUUAUCGAACGGUUGAAACCGUUAAUCAAGUUAAUCGACACGAAUAGCUCUCUCGCUCUUGGAUCACCUGGCGGAGGAGCAACUGAGUCAGCCGAGCUGGAAGAUAGCUUGCUGGCGGAACAAGAGAAGCGUAUAGCGGAAUUGCAAUUGCAGCUAAAGAAGAGUCAGGAAGAGUUGGAACAAUUCCGUUCACUGUGCAAUAAUCCUUUCGUUGGACCGGGUACGGACACACAACCGAUGGUGGUAACCGUUGCUCCACCACCACCACCACCGCCCCCACCACUGCCAGUGGCCUCGCUUGGUCCGGUAUUGGUUGGGUCACCGUACUCCAUUUCUACCGCUGACUCGUGUGAUCCGCCCAGCGUGGAUGAUCCAGCGACCGAACUUGAACGAGUCCCACAGGAAACAACGGUGCCGGCGCUCGAGGGAAGCUUCUUGCUGGAAGGACUCACAGCCGCAAAUCCGACUGCGGUUGAUUAUGGGCAUGAUUAUGAGCGAGAACAUCUGAUCGUAGACCGCAGUCCAACGCAUCGCCCGACGCUGGAUAAGGUGCUCGGACAGGUACAGCCAACCAUAUCGGGACUGACGAUGAAUACGGAUGUAAAUGAGGAACGGGGUGGGAAUAUGGCAUCGUUGCCAAGAUCGGCAAUGGGCACAAUGGGAGCUGGUGGUAAUGGGAAUGUCCGAUCGGUCGGUGGAGACAUGCAGGACCUUUCGCUCAGCAUGAAAUCGGUCAAUUUCGAACCGGUUAACGACACGGGCGAUGCAUCGAUGCAGCAGGACACGAUCAUGUUGAACGAUUUUGAGGAUAUCGAUCUGGUUGACUUUCACAUGCACUCGCUUGAUAGUGAUGGACCGUUCCCGAUGAUAACGAACCAUGAUCCCGAUCUGGUGGCUAGCACGGGUAAACAUCCGCCGCACACGACAACGCACGAUGGGAUCGGUAUGUUUUGCAAUCGAGAGGCAGACGCCACUAGUGGAGGUAAACUGAUGUCGAAUGGGUUUACAGCCCCGGAACUCCGAUCGCAGGACAUGCACAGCGAUAUGUUGCACGAUCACGCGAAUCAACAGCAGCACACGUACUUGAACAACAAUGAUGGCGGAGAUGGUACUGCGAGCGUUAUGCUGGAGCUAGAUUUGAUGGAUCACAACGACUCGAAGCAGUUAACGUUCGGAAGUCUUCAUCAUCCGCAACCUCAUUUACAGCAACAUCACGCGACUCAUCUUCAGCAGCAGCAGCAGCAGCAUCACAGUGACAGCAAUAAUAACACCAGCUACGAUGCUGGCCGAACGGUAACGAUCGGACCACUUCGAUUUGCCGUGCAGGAUCAGCCUGUUGCAAGUACCAGCACUAGCAGCAGUAGUAGCAGCACCAGCAGCAGUCCCAGCAAUUGCUUCCGAGGGUUGGGAAGCUCAUCGUUUUCGUCGAAACAUGCCAACAAACAGAACCAUCAUCUUAAUUUACAUCAGCAGCAACAGCAGCAUCAUCAUCAGCAACAACAACAUCACCACCAACAACAGCAGCCUCAAACGCAUCAUCAAAAUUUGCUAGACCAACUAUCGACACCGCCCGCCACCGUGAGCGGUGAGACGAUCGAUUCGUACCAGGACAAUGCAAUGGAUUUUGAGAGUUUGCUCACGAGCGACACGGACAACAUGCUCACAGCAAACAACUGCCACCGGAUGAUGUUGGACUGUGCGCAGGAUAAGCCCAUGUUUAGCUAUCUGCCGGAUCCGAGCAUACUAGACUACUUCUCCGAAGAUUGUAACGGGCUCGAUUACGAAAUAAAGCAUCUGGAGUACUAAAAAAA